AUGUUAACGAACAUUCGCACCACCCAAAGGCCCCCAAGGGCAUGCAUGGGUUGCUCGAAGCGCAGAGUAAAAUGCGACAAACGGCUGCCGUGCCAACAAUGCGUUGAUAGAGGACAAGCACACCAGUGUAGUCGCGAGCCAGUCCGGGUGAGGGGUAAUGUGGUAGGAAAUUCAAGGUCAAAUGGCGUCGGCAACCGGAACUACGCCGACAUUUUGCAUCAAAAUGCAGUCCUUCGCGCGCUACUUGCUGGUCAAAAUUCCCGAGCAGUUGUGGGCGCUCUUGAUACAAACGCACAAGAUUCUCAGAAGCUACGCGAACAUGGAACAAGUCAUACUGAGAAAAUAGAACGGCGCCUCUUUGACGAGAUUGGGAUGUCAUCACAGCCACGGACUGUGUUUGACUUGAAAGACAUCAUUUUGCCAUCUGAACAUUUCAGUCGGAGCAUGAUCGAAAACGCGUUUCAGUGGACUUUCUGGCUUCAUUUUGCGCUCUUCAUUCCCAAAUUUCGGCAGGAACACGAAGAGCUUUUGGAUCGGUUGCGAGCGAAGCACUGUCUUGCAGAGAUGGAUCCAGCGUGGAUGGCAAUCUACUUCAGCGUCCUGGCCUCCACGCUCAUGUUUAUGGACGAAAAGGAAACCUGCGACAAGCGACCAGCUGGUGUAAACUUCACCGGACUGCUUCGAACCUGGUAUGAGUCCGCAUUGUUGUUCCUCGAUAGGGCCGACUACACGAAGAGACCAGACGUGCGCACUCCCCAGGCGAUCGCUAUUCUUCAUAUCGUAUUCAACAAUGUAGGAGAUGUGCAUCGCCACCAAAACAUGUGGGCAGUUGCAAUACGUCAAGCCCAACAGCUGGGAUUGGGCUUGGAAGAAGACAAUCCAGCCGAAUCGUUUUGUGAGCAGCAGAUACGACGAAGGCUUUGGUGGACCUUGGCAAUCUGUGAAUGGUUACCCGUUCCUCAUAGAGUUCCAUGCUUACACAACUUUGAAUUUUCAUGCAAGCUUCCAGACGAGGUUGACGAUGAAGAGCUCGAAACCGUCACAGGAAGUUCCAGGCUUUUGCGAUCCAAGCCUCGACCUGUGAGAUACCAUAUCGCUAUGGCGCAGGUAUCCAAAAUCUACUAUCAGCUUCGCCAUGUGCUCAGACUGCAGGAGUGGGAGACGGAAGAUGUGGCACGGUUCGUCUUCGACGCGGAUGAGCAGCUGGCAAACCUCAUAAACGACCUACCCUCAUAUCUGCAAUCUGACGAGAAGAUUACGUCUGCCACCGAGGCACGAGACCGCCAAUAUCCGUUCAUCCCUUGGCAGAAGAAGAGCUUGGCAAAGGUUCUUCUUUACUAUCGAAUGACAAUCAGCAGUCAGCUUCAGGAACAUUGGCUAGACGGGUCAACUGACGGAGCUCGGACGCGAGCUAUCUGCAUGUCUUCAGCUCGAGGGUUAAUUCACUCGACACUUACGGAGACUGUGGAUGCAUCCAAACUGCGACCCUGGGCAAUCACCAUGAAUAUCUUCGCUGCUUCAGCAGUCCUAGCGCUCGAAUCUCUGCAUACGGAGGAGGACUUCUCUACCGAAAUACAACAAGGCCUGGAUUUCCUGGAGAUAGUCCAAGCCCAGAACCUCGUCGCCGAGAAAUCGAUAAAAUUCUUGAAGGAGAUCACUCAGCAUCAUUAG